AUGACCUCCUCAUCUUCCAAUUCAGACGGCGACAGGGAGCAAGAAAGCCACGCUCCAUCAACAUCCAAGCGCUCACGAAGCCACGGUCCCCAUCCAUCAUUCUCCGAGGGAGAAGCGAAAAAGAUGAGACUGGAGAAUAAAGACAAGGAAAAUGUGAAAUUCGAGAAGAUUCGCAGCCCGGCUCAUUCUACCUGUGGAUCCCAGUCUGUGUCCGAGAUCAAUGAAAGGACUAAGUUGACUGAAGAUGACCACGACGUUGGUGCUGAUGCAGAUGCCGAUGCAGAUGCCGAUCCGGAAGCAAAUCACGAAAUUGAAACCGAGACGCAAGCCACCGCCCACAUAGAUUCCUUAGAUCCAUUGAAUCCAGCCGCCGAAGAAGACGAUGCGAGACGCUACGAAAGCCUCCGAGCCGGCAUCAAACAUCAUCAAAAAAGUUCGAGUUUCCUUAGAGUAUACCACGGCAUGCUCGCUGGUUUUCUUCUCGGCAUAUGCGUCUACUACGGCGCCUCAUUCAAAGACGGCGGUCUCGAAUCCUGGUGCGAGUAUGGCUUCAUGGCUCAUGUAUAUGAUUCUUUGGUUCUUUUAUUUUUGUGGGAGCUAUACAUUGUGGGGGAUCUUUCGCAGAAGAGUUCUAGCACGGCAUUGAUUGAUAUCCGAAACUGUCCUGUCGAGGAUAUUCCCGAUUCGAUGUUGAUGAACGUGUUGGAUCGAUUGAGGCUUUGUCAAAUUAAGAGUUACUUGAUGCCGUUUUUCGUACUUGUGAUGUUGACGGUGUAUGGUGACACUUUUACACGUCAUUGGCGAGUGGCAUGUGAAGGUGUUGCAGAGGUUGUGCUAGGAGCGGCUAAUGGUACCGCGAAUGCUACCGCACACGCAUUUGUGAAUGCCACGGCUCAGGCUUGA